UUAUAACAAACCUGAUCACAAACAACACUGUCAUCAUGGAUCAUAAAUAUCUUCCAUUUUGCCAGUGUUUUAAUUUUAUUUCUUAAUGAAGUUUGAAAUGGCACUAUAGACCUAUGUCAGAAGAACAUCGAAUGGUUCAGAAGCAGAAUCAGAGGAGUUACCUGUGAACAGGUGUGAUGUGCUGAAACUCGAUCGCGCUGCAGGCGCGUGCUGAGGUCAGAUGAGAGAGUCCCACAGUACUCAACACUUCUCUUCACUGUCAGGACUCUUCACCUGGUGGAAACGAGAGAGAGCCGUGUUUCACGGGGAAAUAAGUCUUCUCACCAGAGAGACACGCGGUUAUUUAUGGAAAGGCAUUUGAGUUCAAACGAACUUCCUUGAGUUUCAUGUCUUGAGUUAUUUGACAGGCUGCAGUGGUUUUCUUUCUGACCUGUCAGAGAUCAUGGAUUGGGGUUCAGAUCUUUGGGACCAGCAUGAUGUGAUCGAGAGACACACUCAGAGCGGACUGGAUCUUCUGGAGCGAUACGUGAAGUUUGUCAAAGACAGAGCCGAGGUCGAGCAGAAUUACGCCAAACAGCUCAGGAACCUCUCUAAGAAAUAUUCCAGACGCGGCGUCAAAGAAGAUCAGGACACAAAGUUGAUCAAUCAGCAGCCGUUUCAGGAUGUGCUGAACGAGCUGAACAAUUACGCGGCUCACAGAGAGCAGCUGUCCGAGAUCAUGACGGUGAACAUCUGCGUGGAGCUCAGCAGAAACCUGCAGGAGCUGCGACAGGAGCGCAAGAACCAUCUCUGUGAGGUGAAGAAGGCUCAGCAGAACCUGGAGAGCAGCUUCAAACUGCUGGAGACUAGUAAGAAGCGUUUUGAGAAGGAGUGGAGAGAAGCAGAGAAGGCCAAUCAGCAGACAGAGAGAGUCCAGCAGGAGGUCAGCGCCACCAAAGCAGACGUGGAGAAGGCCAAACAGCAUGCUCACUUCCGCGUGCACUUAGCUGAUGAGUGUAAGAAUGAGUACGCUUCACAGCUGCAGAGAUACAACCAGGAACAGAACAACCUGUACCACUCAGAGAUCCCGUCUGUGUAUAAGAAGCUGCAGGAAAUGGAGGAGCGGUGCAUCAAAUUGUUAGCCGACGGCUACGUGCAGUUCUCCGAAACCGAGAAGAACAUGCUGCCCAACAUCAACAAGUGUUUGGAUGCCAUCAUCUCCACCGGGAGGAACAUCAAUGAGAAACAGGAGACUUUGGCUCUCAUAGAGCAGUACCGAUCGGGCGCAGUGCCUCCUGCUGACGUGGAGUUUGAGGAUUACAGUCAGACAGUCAGAGCUGCUGCAUCUGACAACACCGUGACACACCUGCCGAAAGUGCGCAUCAAACAGCUCUUCCACAAGAAAAACAAGGUGACGUCUCCGGAUAAAAACAUGCCGCCUUCGCUGGAGGAUCUCUCUCGUCUCCCUCCGGAUCAGAGGAGUCGUCGUCUGCAGGAGAAGAUCAAUGACAUCCAGAAGGAGCUGCAGAGAGAGACGGAGAAGAGCGAGGCUCUGAUGAAGAUGAAGGGUGUUUAUGAGCAGAACUCUCAGCUUGGAGAUCCGUCCAGCCUUCAGCCUCAGAUCAUACAGAUUGCUCAUAACAUCGCCAGACUGAGAGGAGAGCUCAACAAAUACCAGGUUCAGCUCACUGAAGCCGGCGGUGGGACGCUGCAGCACUAUCCUGCCAGUUCAGAGUACAUCACCGUGGUGAGCGAUCCCAGCGUGUCUCCGUCAGACAACAUCUAUGAAUGUGAAUUUGACGAUGACUUUGACGUUGACGUGCCCAUCGGUCAGUGCACGGCACUCUAUGACUUUGAUGGCGGCAGCGAGGGCGCCGUGUCCAUGCAGGUGGGCGAGCAGCUGAGUCUGAUGCAGGAGGAUCAGGGCGACGGCUGGGUCAGAGUUCAGAGGGCCAAUGGAGACGUGGGAUACGUGCCAGCGUCCUACAUCCAGAUCAUGUAGAAAACAGCUGAUGGUGUGUUUCACGGGAGUGUGAGCUGUGCUCAUCUGACUCCAUCAACUCUUUUGUUUUUAUGUCACGGGGAGUGUAUUUACUUUUAUGCUGCACUUUUUGAGUUCUUUCUUUUCUGUCAGUACGCAUUAUGCUGCUUCUGGUGAUUUUCUGCACAUCUGUAGUUUUAAAAUGGAUUUCCCGUUCUUUUUUUUACUGUUGUGUUUGUUAUUGCAUGUAGAAGCCUUUGUAUCGCAUUGUAACUUCAUGAAGCUUAAAUACAGUCAAGUGUGUCCAGCUGUGUGCUGAAUGAUUGGCGUAUUUAUUUUAAAGAUCUGUUUAACCCAAAAACGAUAAUUUGAAUAUUUUCUAUAUUGGUGUCCACACCAAAUGCUGAUAUUCUGUUUAUUAAUCACUUUAAAUGCUCAAGCAGCUGUGCACAAGGACCAACAGUCAAGGUCGGAAUUUUCAUUAAAUUCCAGUUUGAACAUUAACCCCCAGAACACUUGUAAUAUAUAACUUUUGUUGCGUGGGAUCAUUCUGUGAUAUGAUGUUGUAUUGAUAUGUGUUCCAUGAUAAGAGGCCACUAGAUGGCAGUAUAAGGAGGCUAUAAGCCAAGUUCAGGACUGUGUUUAAGUGCAGAAUAAAUUCAUUCUGAUAGCA